AUGUCAAUUAAUAGAUUUACUUCAAGCCCACUCCCUGCUCUCCUUAAGAAGGCCUCUUUUUCUUACCGGGGAGCUUAUUUGCAUCAGACGAAUGUUUUCACCCAAAAUAAAGGAGCUGCCUCAGAUUCACCAGAGCUUUUAGCGAAAAGUUCACAUCUGAAUUCGAAACCGUUAGAUAUAAGCAAAAAAGCGCCAGUAAAGACUGCUCAAAAUAAAAUUCCCUUAGCUCAUAGUAAAUAUGAAUCAUCAAAAUACGAGCUUCCCAAAUGGAAGGAAGCAUUGGGUGAACUAGUAAUCCGUACCUUUCGUUUAGAUAUGGAUAGGGUGAGAGCAGGACCCGUUGCUGGGUCUUAUUAUUAUAAGAUCUGUAAAGAGCAAGGUUUACAAUAUGAGGACGAACCAUUAUCGGAAACUGCGAAAUACUUCUACGAGGAUUUAAAACUACCACGUACUUUUUCGCAAUGGUUCCAAAUUACUAUACUGCACGAGUGGAUGCUCUUUGUACGUAUGAGAGCUAUGCCUUUCAAAUACGGCAGAAACUACCAGCAAAAAUUAGUGGACAGGACGUUUUCUGAUAUUGAAUUGAGAUUGUUCGAGGAAAUGAAAGUCAAUUCCGGUAGAAUCGCCGACCAAUACCUGAAAGAUUUUAACACGCAACUAAGAGGUGCAAUAUUUGCAUAUGAUGAAGGGUUUGCCACAGAUGAUGCCACGCUUGCCACAGCAGUUUGGAGGAAUCUAUUCGGUGGUAGAAAGAAUAUAGAUAUGCUUCACUUGGAAUCUGUCAUGAGAUACAUUCAUUCUCAACUAUACGUCUUGAGUAGGUUGUCAGACAGAGAGUUUUCCACAGGUAAAUUCAAAUUCGUUCCACCUGGAGUCAAAGUAGAAAAACUUACACCAAAGCAAGAGGAAGAGUUGAAGGCAAAGACCGUUGCAAAAUAUAAGGCCUUAGAUAAAGACCCCAGAACUUUACCAAGUGAAAGAAGUAAGCUGUCGUACACAAAUUAG